CUUAAAGCCUGAGUCAGUCCCAGCUGGCCCAGGACCUCGGCCUUCGGCGGCCUCCGAAGAGCCGAGCGUGUGCGGAGUGCGCCUGCGCAGCGGCGGCCGUGCCAGGUUUUUGAACCAUGAAUCCUUCAUUUCUCCUGGCUGCCUUUUGCUGGGGAAUAGCUUCAGCUACCCCAAAAUUUGAUCAAAAUUUAGACACGCAAUGGUACCAGUGGAAGGCAACGCACAAGAGACUGUAUGGCCUGAAUGAAGAAGGAUGGAGGAGAGCCGUGUGGGAGAAGAACAUGAAAAUGAUUGACCUGCACAAUGGGGAGUACAGCCAAGGGAAACAUGGCUUCACCAUGGCGAUGAACGCCUACGGCGACAUGACCAAUGAAGAGUUCAGGCAAGUGAUGAACGGCUUUCAAAACCAGAAACACAAGAAGGGGAAAAUGUUUCGUGAACCUCUGUUGCUUCAGUACCCCAAAUCUGUGGAUUGGCGAGAGAAAGGCUACGUGACUCCGGUGAAAAAUCAGGGCCAGUGUGGUUCUUGUUGGGCUUUCAGUGCCACUGGAGCCCUUGAAGGGCAGAUGUUCCAGAAGACUGGGAAACUCAUCUCCCUGAGCGAGCAGAACCUGGUGGACUGCUCUCACCCUCAGGGCAACCAGGGCUGCAAUGGUGGCCUCAUGGACUACGCCUUCCAGUACGUUAAGGACAACAGCGGCCUGGACUCAGAGGAGUCCUACCCGUAUGAAGGAAUGGAUGGAACCUGUAAGUACAAGCCCGAAUGUUCUGUGGCUAAUGACACUGGCUUCGUGGACAUCCCUGGGCAUGAGAAGGCCCUCCUGAAGGCCGUGGCCACGGUGGGGCCCAUCUCUGCUGCUAUUGACGCAGGCCAUAUGUCCUUCCAGUUCUAUAAAUCAGGCAUUUAUUAUGAUCCAGACUGCAGCAGCAAAGAUCUUGACCAUGGUAUUUUGGUGGUUGGCUAUGGCUUUGAAGGAACGAAUUCAAAUGCCACUAAAUAUUGGCUUGUGAAGAACAGCUGGGGUACAACCUGGGGCGACGAAGGCUAUGUGAAGAUCAUCAGAGACAAGGACAACCACUGUGGGAUUGCUACGGCAGCCAGCUAUCCCACGGUGUGAGCUGACGGAUGGCCACAUGGAGGACCUGAGGAUGUACGUCUGGAGGGAUUUUUAUCUUAAAACUGACAAGGCCUUAUUGUGCAAGAUAAAACACUUGAAUCUCUGAGGAUCCAAGUUGUGAUUUGAAUUCUGUGACAUUUUUACAAGGGUAAAAUGUUACCACUAUUUUAACUACUGUUAUAAACAGCCUUAUGAUAUUGAAGACUCACUACUUAAUUCUAAGACUUUUGAAUUUUCAUUUUUUAAAAGGAUGUAUAAAGCUUUCUUUACCUUUUAAAAUAAAUUUUAACUCAGUAUGUACA